UGUCAAAUCAAAGUUCAAAUAUUAGCAGAUGUUUGCUUUCGUGCCACAGCUGUAACAGCAGCUCUAAAGCUCAGGGUGAAGGGUUCUGCCCCUCCUCUUCCUCAGCUGCUCCAGACUGGAGCAAGGUUCUGAUCCGUAUCAUGACUGAAGCAAAGGGGUUUAGGACGUUCUCGUGUGCAGCUGUGGAGGUGAAGAAUGAGCCAGUCCUGGGUUUUAAGGAGGGGAGUCCGGAGCGAGGCGAGCUGCUGAAGGUUCUGGAUGGCCUGAAGGGGACGACGGAGGAGGUGCCGUGUGUGGUGGGAGAUGAACACAUUUGGACCACAGACAUCCGAUAUCAGCUGUCUCCCUUCAAUCACUCUCACAAGGUGGCAAAGUUCUGCUACGCCGACAAGGAACUGAUCAAUAAGGCAAUCUCAGCGUCUGUGGCAGCAAGGAAAGAAUGGGACCUUAAGCCCGUCCAGGACCGGGCCGAGGUCCUCUUCAAGGCUGCAGAUGUCAUCAGUGGACCCAAGAGAGCAGAGAUUCUGGCUAAGACCAUGAUUGGACAGGGAAAAACGGUGGUUCAGGCAGAGAUCGACGCAGCAGCCGAGCUCAUUGACUUCUUCAGAUUUAAUGCCAAACACGCCAUCGAGCUGGAGGCCCAGCAGCCAAUCAGCACACCGGAGAGCACAAACACCGCCCUGUACCGAGGGCUGGAGGGUUUUGUGGCUGCAGUGGCACCGUUUAACUUCACUGCAAUUGGUGGAAACCUGGCAGGAACUCCUGCUGUCAUGGUGAGGAAUGUGGUUCUGUGGAAGCCCAGUGACACCGCUGUCUCUGCAAGCUAUGCGGUCUACAGGGUUCUGCGUGAGUGCGGUCUGCCUCCCAACAUCAUCCAGUUUCUGCCCGCCGAUGGCCCGGUCUUCGGGGACACGAUCACUUCGUCUCCUCACCUGGCAGGCAUCAACUUUACUGGCAGUGUCCCGUAUCACUUCAUCCCACCCAGGGAGCCCACCCUCACUGCCUGGUGGUGGUGGUCAGAGGAACCGGCAACACCGGUGCUUGAAAGCCUCACCUCUAUCAGUGUGCCCCAGGGCAACAACGUAGCUCGUGACCACCAAUUCUGUGGACCAUCUGCCUGUUUGUGUUCAGAGUGCGGAGGGAAGAACUUCCACUUUGUGCACACAUCUGCAGACAUCCAGAGCGUGGUGAUGGGGACAAUCCGCUCAGCGUUUGAGUACGGAGGACAGAAGUGCUCGGCGUGCUCCAGGAUGUACGUUUCAGACAGCAUUUGGCCUGAGAUCAGACAGCAGCUGCUGGACGUGCACAGAAGCAUCCGAGUGGGCAAUCCCGUGGAGGACUUCAGCACCUUUCUCUCUGCUGUUAUAGACGAUAAGGCGUUCGCCCGAACAAAGAAGUGGUUGGACCACGCCAAGUCUUCGCCAAACCUCACCAUCAUCGCUGGAGGAAACUGUGAUGAUCAGAAGGGUUACUUUGUGGAACCGACCAUCAUCCAGACCACAGACCCACGGGACCCCAUCAUGAAUGAGGAGAUCUUUGGGCCGGUUCUUUCAGUGUACGUUUAUCCAGAGAAGAACUACGGUGAGGUUCUGCAGCUCAUCGACAGCACAUCGCCGUAUGCUUUGACAGGAGCAGUGUUCGCCCAUGACCAGAAGGUGAUUGACGAAGCGGCCCGAGUUUUGAGAAACGCUGCGGGGAACUACUAUGUGAACGACAAGUCCACCGGGUCUGUCGUAGGCCAGCAGCCGUUUGGAGGUGCCAGAGCUUCAGGCACCAACGACAAACCUGGAGGUCCUCACUACGUCCUCAGGUGGACAUCUCCACAGGUGGUAAAGCAAACCCAUGUCCCUCUCACAGAGUGGAAGUAUCCAUACAUGGGCUGAGAACACUUGACCUCCACCUGCCCGUCCACUUGUCCCUCUGUCCUUCAGCAGAGUAUGUCCUGCAGACCUCGCCUCUCCUCUGUCCGUCCUUUUUUGCAAUGAUUCUGGAUCUGAAUGUCCAUCAGAUGAAGCAGGAAGAAGUUAUCCAUUUUCACCUAUGUGGUGUUAGUUAAAAACAGUCUGUCACUUCCUGUCAGAGGCUACCUAUUUGUGUUCACUUGGAGCAAAGGGAAUCUAUCAAUCUCUGGAUCAGCACCAAAGAAAAUGCCUAAACGCUGCUUUAUUGCUUUCUUUUUCAGGUUUAAAUUAUGUGAAUCUUGUUUCAAACAUUUAGUCAAACUAAUUGAGAGAUAAGAGUUGAUGUUCUGCUAAUCCAAGGAUAAGUACAGCUAAACUGGUUCUGAUGAUCAUGGAGACAGCAGCUUCUAAUGAUCUGAUUGCCGUCUAACUGACCAGAAAUUGGAAAUGUUGGUUUUACUAAAUGCUGAAUGUAGGUUUUGAUUCUGGAUUCAUAUUUGUAGUUGGUGGAGGAAACCAGACCAGUCCAGGUUUGUGACAUUCAUGUGGUUGUGUUUCUGUUAAAGCACCUGCAGCAGGUGAUUCUCUGCUGUUAUUGAUGUGUGGCGUAUUUUUCCUACCCUAACGUUGAAGUUUACUACUGAUUUCUGUGAUCAGAACUGGCCUGUCUGUAAAUUCUCGUGGUUCUUUUGUGACAAUAAACAGUUAAUUUCUUAAA